AUGGCCGACCAGUACAACCAGAGCUCGGUCACUGGCGGCGGCCUGGCGACGUCGGCCAAUGUGCCCCGCCCCGGCACUUCGAUCAACCCCGCCACCGGCCAGCCCAACACUGCAGGCCUGACCCGCGAGCAACUUGCUGCCAAGCGGGCCGCCGAGGGCGGUUCCGGAGGAACCGGCGAGAAGUCUUUCUCCGAUGACGUCGGACAGGCUUUCGAUGGCAUUCGAGGCGCCCCGCCACAGCAGCAGCGCUCCUCAAACUAUCCCGAGGGCUUCAGCCAGCAGUCAUUCGCGACCUCGCAGCAGCGCUCCGAGACUCCCAAGGCCUCGUCGCAGCAGCAGACCCAGCGCUCGAACGCUCCCGCGUCCCCGAACCCAACGCAGGACGUCCAGGCCGUUGCGCUCGACGACAACACCACCGCUUACUUCAUUGACGAGGUCGGUGAUGAGGCUAGCUAUGACAGCAUUGACACCGCCGACAACCUGUACCGUGGUGGCGGUUCGAGCGGUACUGGCGGUGCCGGCGGCCACGACACCACUGGCGGUGCUCGAGGCGCUGGUGGUACUCAGAGCAACCAGCAGUUCAUCCAGCCCCACUCUGGGCAGGACCAGUCGUCGUACGCGCAGCAAGGCCAAGGCCAGCGCGGCGUUGGCGGCAACAACACCGGUACGUCGACGGAGGCCGUCAUGGUGACUCGACCUGACACGGCCGAAGGUGGGAACCGCGAGGCGAUGAUUGCCUCCACCGGCGCAGAUCGGAAGAGCGUCGUCCCCACCAGAAACACAGGCGCGGACAGAACUCCCGCUGAUGCCUCAGCCACCUCUACCGCGUCCAGCACGCCCAUCGUCACUCCUGGCGCUACGGGCACUACUGGCACUGGCACUGGUCAGCAGAUCCAGCGCCAGACUGGUACUGGUACCGGAGCGGGUGCCACCACCGGCACUGGUGCUGGUACCACGGGUACCUCUGGUGCCUACAACAGCAACACCAGGCAGCAGGGCUACCAGUCCACCGGCGGCGACAACAUCACGCCUUCCGAGUCUGCCUCGCGUGUCCCCACGCGCCAGGAGUCUAACGAUGUCUGGGAAGACUCCCGCGAGUAUCAGGACCACGACCCCACCGGCGCCCGCGAGGGUGCUGGCUGGAAGACCGCCGCUGGCGCCGGUGCUGCCGGCGGUGCCGUGGGCGCUGGCGUCGCCGGCGUCACGUCUCAACUUCACAAGACCCACCUCACGGAGAGCGACCGCACCGCGUCCAACGCUGCUGUCGUGAAUGACGACGGCCACUCGCGCACCCGCGACAACGACGACACCCGUCGUAGCACCUUUGGUACCGGUGACACUACUGGCACCCAGCAGGGCUCUGGCAUCGCUGGCGCUUCUGGCACUUCUGGCCAGCGCGGCACCACUGGCACCUCUGGCACCUCUGGAAACACUGGCACUACCGGUACCACUGGCACGGGCAGCCACGGUGUGUCUGCUCCUGUUGCGGCGGGCUUGGGCGCCGGUCACUACGACUCGACGCACAACACUCACCCUAGCACCACGGGUACCACUGGAACUACUGGUACUACCGGCACCUCGGGUACGACUGGUACUACCGGCACUGGUGUCGCCGGAACCACUGGCACCGGCUCGCACCCCAGCACCACCACUGGCACUACUGGUACCACUGGAACCCACGGUACUACCGGUACUACCGGGACCACCGGGACCACUAGUACUACUGGAACCCACGGCACCACUGGCGCCACGGGUUCGCACCCUGGUACCACCUCCGCUGUCGCUUCUGAGCAGCGCGGUGUGCCCGCUAACAGCGGCUCUGUUACCUCGUCCGGCACCGCCAGCCAGCGCGACCGCUACCCCACUGGCAAGACCGAGGGCACUGCUCUCGGCGCUGCCGCCGGUGCUGCCGCUGGAGGCGCCGCUGGCGCCGCGGCCGUCCACCACAACCAGCAUGGCCAGGACCUGUCGCACACUCAGUCCCACUCGUCGCACGCCGGUGGCCUGUUCCACAGCAAGUCUCGCGACCCUCAGCUGUCGCACACGUCCACUCGCGACAGUGCUGCCAUCGAGCGCUACCGCACCCGCGAGGCCGAGAUUCCCUCGGCUGGCAAGCCGCGCGACGGCGCCGAGCGAUUCAUCGCCUCGGAGCAGGACGCGAUGGUUGACGAUGUGCCCGGCUUCACUGACGUGCCUGCCUCCAUGGCGGCUCGCGCGCACCACCACCCCGACCCCGGCGGUGCUGACACUGCCAUCCUCGCUUCGGGCGGUACCGGUGCUGCCAAGGACGCUGUUCCUGUCGGCGUCGAGGCGACCAACGCCGACGUUGCCAAGGAGCGCGAGGAGUGGGCUGAGGGCGCCCAGACCCACCGCACGCCCGACGGCACUCUCGUCAUGACUGAGCAGGAGUGGGCAGCGCUCGCCGAGAAGGAGAAGCGUGCUGGUGGCGGCCACUUCGACACCGGCACUGGUGCUGUUGGGGGCACUACUGCCGGCACCUCGGGUCACCACAAGCACCACGGCCUCUUCCACCACCACCACGACAAGGACAAGAAGCACAAGGACACCACCGACGAGUGGCACAACCACGGCUCGCCCGGCCACAACCCUCCCGUCACUGAUGCGAGCGUUGCCUCCGCCGGCGCCUGGGUCGACACCGAGCGUCGCGGUCACCCGGAGGAUGCCUCGUACGCCCUUGCCCAGUCCGGUACUGGCCAUGGCCACACUCCCCACCGCACUCUCUACACCGCUCACCACACCGUCACUCACCCCGACGAGUGGCACAACCACGGCUCGCCUGGUCACAACCCUCCCAUUACUGAUGCGAGCGUUGCUUCCGCCGGCGCUUGGGUCAACACUGAGCGUCCCGGCCACCCAGAGGAUGCCUCGUACGCUCUGAAGAAGGGUACUGCUACCACUGGCCACACUGGCACCGCUACCGGCACCAGUGGCACCACUGGUACUACUACUGGCCACACCGGCACCACCGGCACCACUGGCACCACUGGCCACACCGGCACCACCGGCACCACUGGCACCACUGGCACUACCGGUGCCACUGGUCACACUGGCACCACAGGCACUACGGGCACUACCACCGGCCACACUGGCACCACUGGCACUACCACCGGCCACACUGGCACCACUGGUACUAACGGCACGGGCACCACUGGUACCACCGGUACCACCGGUACUGGCCAGUCCGGCAUCUCGGCCCCUGUGGCCGCAGGUCUCGGUGCAGGCCACUACGACUCGACCCACCACACUGCCGAGACCGCUGCCGCCGCCGCCGGCGUCGGAGCCGGUACUGGUGCCGCCGUUGGCGGAGCUUCUGCCGCCCGCUCCACCCCUGGUACCGGCCACGCGACCGGCUCCACAACCCAGGACAUCAAGGCUGCCGGUCGUGACGUCGCUCAUGGUAACAAGCCCGGCACCACUGGCACUACUGGUGCAACUGGCACCACCGGAACUACUGGCACUACUGGUACCACUGGAACUACUGGCACGACCUCAAGCCCCGUCAAGGAGACCCACGUCGGCUCUACCCCCGGCACCACUGGCACCACUGGCACCACCACUGGUACUACGGGCACCACUGGCACAACCACCGGCGGAACCCCCGGCACGGGCCACAACACUGGCUCCACCACCCGCGAUGUGAAGGAGGGUGUCAAGGAUGCGGCGCACGGCCGCACUCCUGGCUCUACCCCCACUAGCACCGGUGCUACUACCGGCACCACCGGCACCACUGCCGGACAUCACGACGCCACGACCGGCACCACGGCCGCCAACACCGGUACUGCCCGCACCACUGGCACGACCGGCACUACUGGCACCACGGGUACCACCGGCACGCACGGCACGACGGGAACCACCGGCACGCACGACACGACCGCCACGGGCGCGACGGGCCACAGCCGCAACGAGAGCGUCGGCUCGACCGGGAGCGGCAAGAAGGGCAAGGUCGGGUUCAUGGCCAAGAUCAAGGGCGAGAUGAAGGUGAUGAGCGGCAAGAUGUCGCACGACGAGGCAAAGGUGCUCGAGGGCGAGGCGAUCAAGCGCGGCGAGGGCGCCACGGGCCACGGAAGCACCUACUAA